ACCGCCCGCCCUUCCUGCGGCGCGGGUGGAAACCCCGUGCGGGGCGGCGCGGCGCUCUUUCGGGGCGCCGCCAUUCCGCGAGCAGGUCGGGGAGCCGCGCAGCGCGGCCGGGCUCGCCAUGCAGAUCUUCGUGAAGACCCUCACGGGGAAAACCAUCACCCUCGAGGUUGAGCCUUCCGAUACCAUAGAAAAUGUCAAAGCUAAGAUCCAGGAUAAGGAAGGGAUUCCUCCUGAUCAGCAGCGACUGAUUUUUGCUGGUAAGCAGUUGGAGGAUGGACGCACGCUGUCGGACUACAAUAUUCAGAAAGAAUCAACCCUUCACCUUGUGUUGAGACUUCGUGGUGGUGCUAAGAAAAGAAAGAAGAAGUCUUACACAACUCCCAAGAAGAACAAGCAUAAGAGGAAGAAGGUUAAACUUGCAGUGCUCAAGUACUACAAGGUGGAUGAGAAUGGCAAGAUCAGUCGUCUGCGCCGAGAGUGCCCUUCUGAGGAGUGUGGAGCAGGAGUCUUCAUGGCUAGCCACUUUGACAGACACUAUUGUGGCAAGUGCUGUCUGACAUACUGCUUCAAUAAACCCGAGGACAAGUAAAUGUACUAGACAAUAAAAAUCUGAAGGUCUGUACUGUUUAGA